AUGUCGUCGUCUUCAUCGCCCCCAUCGCCUAUGGAUGAAAAGCCCGAGGCUGCCCUGCACGAGCACGGCGCGAUGCCCACCACCACCAGUGACUCGGGUCGGCUCCAUGCUCUCGAGCAGCUGGAGAUUCUUCCCCAGAUUCUCCAGGAAGGAAUCCUGUUUGCCGGGUCCGGUGCUGCUCUGCUGCUCCAGGCUGCUCUGCCCGGUAUCCGCCACGAGGAAACCACCGGUGGCCACAAAGAGCUGGCCAGGGAGCUCAUCGACGCCCUCCAGGCCCAUAUUAGCUACAUCUCCAACCUGGUGUUCGGCACCCGCGCCGAGCGCAAGACCCUCCUGGAUAUGCUGGCCCGCGGCGAUGCUCCCGGCCUGGGUAGUGGUCGCAACAACCGUUUUGCUCAUAAUCCACCCCUUCAGCUGUGGAUGGCGGCCACCCUCUAUGCCACCUCGACCGACUUCUACCAGCGGGUCUACGGGCGUGUCGACUACGACACCGCCCAACGCGGUUACAGCGAGUUCACUCUGCUCAUGAACUGCCUGGGGAUGCCACCGGGUACCUGGCCCGAAUCCCGACAGGCCUUCUGGUCCUUCUGGGACAGCCAGGUCUCGCAACUGACCGUGUCGUCCGACGCAGCGGCAUUUGCCAAGGACCUGCGUGAGAGUAAGGACAUGCCCGGCUGGGUCCAAAGGAUCAAGCCCUUCCUGCGUGCCGUCACCAUCGAGAUGCUGCCCCCGAAUCUGCGGGAUGCCUACGGGCUGCGCUCCACGGCCACCACGCGCGCCCUGUAUCGCACCUGGAUGGGCUUUUCCGUGGCCGUGUACCCGGCCAUGCCCAACAAGAUGCGCUCCUACCCGCUGCGCUACUACCAGGAUCGUCUGCGUGACAAGUUGAACGUGGUUUAA